CAGCCGUGUGGGCAGAGGCGGGCUAUAUAAGCGGUGAGGCGGGCCGCCGCGGGCCACAGGCUACGGCGACAGCGGCGGCGGCGGCGGCGGCAGGGAGCCUCUCGGAGAGCGGCCGAGCGGAGCCGCGCAGCCCCGCGACCCCCGACGGGCCCGCCAGCCCGCCGUCCCUCCCCAGCAGCGCCGGCUCGGGCCAGCGAGGCCCGCCGCCACCCCCGCAGCAGAUUUGGAGCCCCCGCCCGGAGAGCCCCAGGCCGCCGCCUCCCGGGGGACCCCGGAGCCGCGGCCGCCCCCGGAGAGCCCGGGCGCCCCGCCGUCCCCCGGCCCCACCGCCGCCGCCGACGGCGCCAUGGCGGCCGCCAAGCCCGGCGAGCUCCUGGGCAUCUGCUCCAGCUACCAGGCAGUGAUGCCGCACUUCGUGUGCCUGGCGGACGAGUUCCCGCAGCCCGUGCGGCCCGCCAGGCUGCCCCGGGGGAAGGGCCGGCUGCGGCGGCCCCGGCAGUCCCGCUUCAAGACGCAGCCGGUGACCUUCGACGAGAUCCAGGAGGUGGAGGAGGAGGGGGUGUCCCCGAUGGAGGAGGAGAAGGCCAAGAAGUCGUUCCUGCAGAGCCUGGAGUGCCUGCGCCGCAGCACGCAGAGCCUGUCGCUGCAGAGGGAGCCGCUCGGCGGCUGCAAACUGAGGAACAGCCUGGACUCCAGCGACUCCGACUCGGCCCUGUGAGGCGCCAGCCGCCCCGGGGACCCGCUCUGCCGCCGCGCGCCCGGGAGCCGCGGGGGCGCCCGGAGGGGACCCGCGUCCCCGGGGAUCAGGACUCCAGCCCGGCUGCGGACCCCCCGGAGCGCGUUCGGGGACGCCGGGGAGGGGAGCCGCUUUCUCUGCCCUUGUCAAUGUUUCUUUUUUAACUCUUUCCCCAGCGCGGGACUCUGCAGUGAGUGUGCGCGGGAGGCGGCCGGCGCCGGGGCGGCUCGCCAGGGGUCGCCGCCGCCGGGCCCCGGGGGUCUGCGGCUCUGAAUGUUGCAUCACCGCUCCACUGUGCCCUGCCCUUCAGCGCACGCCCGUUCGCACUCACGCCGACACUCUCUCGCUGAACACUUUUAUAACUGACGGGUUGACCGAGGGGACUUUGGGGGGAGGGGGACGCAGCGCGGCUGCUGCUGCAGCCGGAGGAUUGAUAUUUAUUUUUGCAUUGCAAUAGCCGAAGGCGUUUUAUUUAAGGGUCUUUUUACCUGGGUGUUUGUCUGCGAGGCGUCCGAACGGACACGAAUAAAGCCAAUAUAUUUACACGG